AUGUCUUCCGGUGUCAAAGUCUCCCAAGAAUGCCUGGACAAGUUCCAGGAGCUCAAGCUGGGCAAAAAGAUCAAGUACAUCAUCUACAGCCUCAACGACAAGAACACCGAGAUCAUUGUGCAGAACACUUCCACCUCGACCUCGUACGACGACUUCCUUGCUGAGCUGCCCCCGACCGAAUGCCGAUACGCCAUCUACGAUUUCGAGUACGAAAAGGCCGAUGCGGGCAAGCGCAACAAGAUCUGCUUCUUCUCCUGGUCGCCGGACGACGCCAAGAUCAAGCCCAAGAUGGUCUUUGCCUCGUCCAAGGAUGCGCUCAGGAAGGCUCUCGUCGGCAUCUCUACCGAGAUUCAAGGCACUGAUUUCUCCGAAGUCAGCUACGACGUCAUCCUGGACAAGGUCAGCCGUUCCACCUUCUAG